GUCAUCUCAGUCAUCAAUAAGAUCAAUGAGCGGAGAGACUCACAAAUGACAACUCCACGAGUCUUGUCCGAAACUCCUAACCAUAAUGGGGUCAAAGAGGAUAAAUUCUUCACUCCAAGAGAAAUGUUCUUCCGCGACCUGAGUGGUUCAGCCAGUAACGGCAAUGACUCUGCACCUAGCGCUCAUCGUAGGAGUACUGUUGGAGAGGAAUUCUCAACGCCACUAGCUGCACCACCAGAGGCUUGGGAUAUCAGGAAGGUACUAAUUUGA